UCGGGGAUGGGAUGGGACGGGACGGGCCGGGAUGGGAGCGGGUGAGGGGACGGCCGAGCCCGCCGGCGGCUUUAAAUGCGGGCCCGGGCCGGCGCCGCCAGCACAGCCGCGCCGCUCAUUCGGGCUGCCGCGGGCGCUCACCGACACGGACACGGAGGGGCAGGUGUAGGGCCCCGCCAUGCCCCACUGAGCCCGCCCGCAGCCCGUCCGCAGCGUCCGCCCGCCGCCCCGGCUGCCCCGCAGCCGCCGCCCGCCGCCAAGCUGGAGGAACGCCGCAAGCCCGAGCCCCGGAGGAUGGAGGACGAGGCAGUACUGGAUAGAGGGGCUUCCUUCCUUAAACAUGUAUGUGAUGAAGAAGAAGUGGAAGGUCACCACACGAUUUACAUCGGGGUCCACGUGCCGAAGAGCUACAGGCGGAGGAGGCGUCACAGGAGAAGAGCUGGGCACAAAGAGAAGAAAGAAAAGGAGAAAAUCUCGGAGAACUACUCGGACAAAUCGGACGUAGAAAACGCUGAUGAGACAAGCAGCAGCAUCCUUAAGCCACUCAUCUCCCCCGCCGCCGAGCGCAUCCGCUUCAUCCUCGGAGAGGAAGAUGACAGCCCCGCGCCCCCGCAGCUCUUCACCGAGCUGGACGAGCUUCUGGCUGUCGAUGGACAGGAGAUGGAGUGGAAGGAGACUGCAAGGUGGAUCAAGUUUGAGGAGAAGGUAGAGCAAGGUGGGGAGCGCUGGAGCAAACCACACGUGGCCACCUUGUCCCUGCACAGCCUGUUCGAGCUGAGGACCUGCAUAGAGAAGGGCUCCAUCCUGCUGGACAUGGAGGCUUCUUCCCUCCCACAGGUGGUGGAGAUGAUCGUUGACAAUCAGAUCGAGACGGGGCUGCUGAAACCCGACCUGAAGGACAAGGUCACCUACACGCUGCUCAGGAAGCACCGGCACCAGACCAAGAAAUCCAACCUGCGCUCGCUGGCUGACAUUGGAAAGACCGUCUCCAGUGCAAGUAGGAUGUUUUCCAACCCCGAUAAUGGCAGCCCGGCCAUGGCUCACCGAAACCUGACUUCCACCAGCCUCAACGACAUCUCGGACAAGCCUGAGAAGGACCAGCUGAAGAACAAAUUCAUGAAGAAGCUGCCCCGUGACGCGGAGGCCUCCAACGUGCUGGUGGGGGAGGUGGAUUUCCUGGAGAGCCCCUUCAUUGCCUUCGUGCGGCUGCAGCAGGCGGUGAUGCUGGGAGCGCUCACCGAGGUGCCCGUGCCCACACGAUUUCUCUUCAUUCUGCUGGGACCAAAGGGCAAAGCCAAGUCCUACCAUGAGAUCGGCCGAGCCAUUGCCACGCUGAUGUCGGAUGAGGUAUUCCAUGACAUUGCCUAUAAAGCCAAGGACCGUCAGGACCUGAUCGCAGGCAUCGAUGAAUUUCUGGAUGAAGUCAUUGUGCUCCCCCCUGGGGAAUGGGAUCCAGCCAUUAGGAUAGAGCCCCCCAAGUCUCUCCCUUCUUCGGAUAAGAGGAAGAACAUGUACUCGGGUGGGGAGAACCUGCAGAUGAACGGCGACACGCCCCACGACGGCGGCCACGGCGGCGGCGGCCACGGCGACUGCGAGGAGCUGCAGCGCACGGGCAGGUUCUGUGGGGGCCUGAUCAAAGACAUCAAGAGGAAAGCACCGUUCUUCGCCAGCGACUUCUACGACGCUUUGAACAUCCAGGCCCUCUCAGCCAUCCUCUUCAUCUACCUGGCCACUGUCACCAAUGCCAUCACUUUUGGGGGAUUGCUUGGGGAUGCUACGGAGAACAUGCAGGGCGUGCUGGAGAGCUUCCUGGGCACGGCGGUGACGGGCGCCGUGUUCUGCCUGCUGGCUGGCCAGCCCCUCACCAUUCUGAGCAGCACCGGGCCCGUGCUGGUCUUUGAGCGCCUCCUCUUCAACUUCAGCAAGGACAAUGACUUUGACUACCUGGAGUUCCGCCUGUGGAUCGGCCUCUGGUCAGCCUUGCAGUGUCUCAUUCUCGUGGCCACCGACGCCAGCUUCCUGGUCAAGUACUUCACCCGCUUCACCGAGGAGGGCUUCUCCUCCCUCAUCAGCUUCAUCUUCAUCUAUGAUGCUUUCAAGAAGAUGAUCAAGCUGGCAGAUCAUUAUCCCAUCAACUCCGAGUUCAAGGUGGACUAUAUCACUCAUUACUCUUGUGCCUGUAAACCACUAGAUCCAGUUAAUAGCUCAUUACUUAACAGGACAAUGGUGCUGUCAGACUAUGAGCUGGUCUCUCCCUCCUCUGAGCUGGCCAACAGCACCAUUGACUGGGCAGCUCUGACAGCCAAGGACUGCUUGAAGUACGGGGGUCAGCUUGUGGGCAACAACUGUGACUAUGUCCCUGACAUCACCCUCAUGUCCUUCAUCCUCUUCUUUGGCACUUACACCUGCUCCAUGGCCCUGAAGAAAUUCAAGACCAGUCGCUACUUUCCCACCACUGCCAGGAAGCUCAUCAGUGACUUUGCCAUUAUCCUGUCCAUUUUGAUCUUCUGUGGAAUAGAUGCCCUGGUUGGUGUGGACACACCAAAACUAAUUGUGCCAAGUGAAUUCAAGCCAACCAGUCCCGAGAGGGGUUGGUUUAUCCCACCUUUUGGAGGGAACCCGUGGUGGGUGUACCUGGCAGCAGCCAUCCCUGCCCUGCUGGUGACCAUCCUCAUCUUCAUGGACCAGCAGAUCACCGCUGUCAUUGUCAACAGGAAGGAGCACAAGCUCAAGAAAGGUGCUGGAUAUCAUCUGGAUUUGUUCUGGGUGGCCAUUCUGAUGAUUGUCUGCUCCUUUAUGGGGCUGCCCUGGUACGUGGCUGCUACCGUCAUCUCCAUCGCUCACAUCGACAGCCUGAAGAUGGAGACAGAGACUUCAGCCCCUGGAGAGCAGCCCAAGUUUUUGGGAGUGAGGGAGCAGAGAGUCACCGGCGUCAUCGUUUUCAUCCUGACCGGGGUGUCUGUCUUCAUGGCUCCCAUCCUGAAGUUCAUUCCCAUGCCCGUGCUCUACGGUGUCUUCCUCUACAUGGGAGUUGCAUCCCUCAAUGGUGUGCAGUUCAUGGACCGGCUGAAGCUGCUCUUGAUGCCUCUAAAACACCAGCCUGACUUCAUCUACCUGCGCCACGUCCCGCUGCGCAGGGUGCACCUCUUCACCUUCCUGCAGGUGGUGUGCCUGGCCCUCCUCUGGAUCCUCAAAUCCACCGUGGCUGCUAUCAUAUUCCCUGUCAUGAUCUUGGCCCUGGUGGCAGUCAGAAAAGCCAUGGACUACCUCUUUUCCCAGCAUGACUUAAGCUUUCUUGACGACGUCAUUCCAGAAAAGGACAAGAAGAAGAAAGAGGAUGAGAAGAAGAAGAAAAAGAAGAAGGGCAGUAUGGACAGUGACAAUGAUGAUUCUGACUGCCCCUACUCAGAAAAAGUCCCAAGUAUUAAAAUACCAAUGGACAUCAUGGAGCAGGAGCCUUUCCUAAGUGAUAGCAAACCUGCUGACAGAGAAAAAUCACCAACAUUCCUUGAACGCCACACCUCGUGCUGAUACAAUUCCCUUCCUUCAAUCACACGCCAUGCCAAGCCCUCCACGAACUCCAGUAAAAGUUGUGCCUCAAAUUAGAAUAGAACUUGAGCCUGAAGACAAUGGUUAUUUCUGGAGGAGCAAGGGAACAGAAACUACUUUGUAAUUUGUGUGUCUGUCGGAUCUUUUACGAAUUCAUUUUGUCACUAGCCAAAUGUUGAGAAGCUCCCUGCUCCCAGCGGCGAAGGUGUCGGAGCCAGGCGCCGCCCUCCCUGCGCACGGCCCGGGCUCUGCUGGGCUCCUCCUGCGGGGGCAGCAGCGGGGGCAGGAGCGCUCCGGGCCCGGCACAGCCCAGCUCAGCCCCAGGCUCGUCCCUGUCUGCUCCCGCUGCUGCUCCCAGAUGCUGGAACGUGCUGCUAACCCUCCUGUAGGAAAACGAGAAGGUACUUCACUCCCAGCACAGACAGACCAUUGCCAUCGCUGUAGCAUGUCUGGAAAUGUCCCUUUCCUAUGCAAGCUUUUUUAAAGAAACACUUUAAUGGACUUAAUCCGUCAGGUACAUGGAAGAGUGUUAUUUUCCUAGAUUAUUUUGUUUAAAUUAUGGGGGCCUAACCUACGACUUUUUUUUUUUUUUUUUGACAAUUUUUUUAACCUUUUUUUAAUUACUGUAAAGAAAAAUGAAUUUUUUUCCUGCAGCAGGAAACAUAUAGUUAUGAGUAGUUCUACCUCUUAUUUCUAGAUGCCAGGCUUUCUGUAAAAAAUGUAUUGUACCAUAUAUCACGUGAUUUUUACAAGAAACAAACCCACGACAUCACACCACAAUCUCCAGGACGUGGCCUAGGGCUGGAUCAGUUCAAUUAACACCUUCUGCUCCGAAGCAUCUGUUUUCCUUAGGGUUAAGUUGGUUUUUGGAGUUUUUUUUAAUGAGCACCCCCUGCUCUGAAAGAGACAUAAAUCUCUUGUGAAAGGGGAGGAAAAUGAAGGUGGCCUGCUGGGAUGUUCAUCCUGACACUGGGAUUCACAAACAUCCACAUCCUCCUGCAUCCCAGCCCCGUGCAGCACCAUGUGCAGAACUGACCCUGCACCUUGGCUGCUCUGCCCUGCACCAGCAAUGCAGCACGACUCAGCAGGCCAGGCCUGGCCAUCCCAGGAUUUCGACAUGGACAUCCCAUCAGGAGAGAGGCUGGUCUCUCUGUAGCACCUUCAUACUGCUGUGUGCAUCUAAAGGCAGCUUUGGGAAACUGGGCUUCACCAGGACAUGAGGAACACACGAAUAGCUUCGUCCAAAAAUGAACAACAGAACAAGAAGAAAAAGUACCCUGGCUCUCGAGGCGAAUUCCCUGAUGGAGACAAUCCCAUCACAGAGGAUGGGCACAUGCUGCCACUUGGUCCUUGUGAAACCAAAGUCUGGGUUGGUGAAGUCAAGAGGAAUUUCUGAUGGUGCUGAGAUCUUAAAUGCCAAAUUUUAGCAUCUGCUCCCACACAGGAGCCACCACCUCCGUACAGCCCCUGCUCGCCCUCGAGGGGUCUCCCCUUCUGUUUCCAUGAAAUCUGUGUUGGGUAUCCCAGGAACCCGGCUGAAACCUGCUCUGAAAAUGCUGGGGAGACUUGGCAAAGGCCUGACAAGGAGCAGCUCUGGGAUCCCUUCUGCAGGUGGAGGACAGGUCACUCGGGAAGCGUGAUGCCAGCUUAGCCAGCGCUCUCCAUCCCGUGGUGGACACCAGUGCUGGCACCCAGUGGGGACAGGCAGAGCGUGGCCUGUGGAGCACACAGGAGCUGCGUGGGGAUUUGCUGCUCCUCCUGCCCACACCGUGCACUGCAGCAAUCCCAGAGGAGAGGCACCAUCAGGGGCGUCCCCAGCAGGGGCCGUCCCGCUCCCUUCCAUGGGCACAGCUUCCAGCUGCUGCUGCUGCCUGCUGUCUCCCCAAAAAUGAGGUCUUCUCUUCUGAACCGUGUUAAAUACACUUGAAGUGUCCUGUCUGCUGUUCUAGAUCUUUCUCUCUCUUUGUGUUGUGUUUUUUGUGUUGUGCUGAGGGCGGCGCUGCCGACAGGACCGAGGGUUCUGCGGCUUUGCAUGAGAAGCACCCACGUCCGGCGGCAGGGAGGAGCUGCAGCGUGACAGGGAAAGGUUCUCUGCCUUUGAAAACAACCAGAACGUCCUUUAGAUCCAAAUGCGGGAUUUUGUCGGAAAAGCCUGGCUGGGCGCUUCAGGGAAUAAGUGUGGAGACCGACCCAAAGCCCUCCAAGAUCAGAGGCAGCCGUCAAAAACGACCUUCAACCCGCAAAUGCGAGGUGCCCGCCCGCGGUGGCCGCUGGCCCCGGGCAGCUCCGUGCCAGCCCCGGCCUGCGCUGCCCCCUCCCGGGGCCGGCGCACCUUCGUCCCUGCGUUGGAAUCGCACUUUCAGAUACUUUUGUUCUUGUUCUUAAUUCUCCUAAGUCCGUGUUUUCUUUUUGGAGGAGGGAACAAGGACUUAGGAUGAAAUGAAGUGGAUCAGAUGGUGGAACUACAAGGAAAAAAAGCAGAAAACAUUUCAAGCAUACUAAAGUGAUUUUUUUUUUCCAGUAAUAUAAAAAAUGAAAUUCCUUAUAACAUUAUAGUAUUUUACAGUUUUAUGAAGCUUUCUAUUGUGACUUUUAUGGAAUCAAAAGAUGAAGAUGAUGAGAUAUUUUAGCAUUUAUAUUUUUCAAAAUUAAAUAAAUGUAUACUGAAAAUAAAGUAACUUUAUGCAUUUC